AUGAGCGGGCAGGGGUUGAGCCUCCCACCCUCUAAUGCGUCUCUGAGGGAGGAGGAGACAGCAGAAAUGCAGGGAAGAGACAUGGCCUUAGAAGUCAUAGUCGGUGAAGACACAAAACAACUCAGCGUGAAGUGCAGCAGCGAGGUUGGUUAUGUAAAGCUGCUGCUGGCGCAGCAGCUCGGCUUAGAGCCUCGGCGUCUCCGUCUGUAUGCGAAGAGAGGCGAGGGAGAGAAGCUGCUGCUGAUAGACCCGAUGUCUCUCUGCGAUUAUAAAGAAUUAGCAGCGCCUGCUGCUACGGUGUAUGCGGAGAUACAACAAGAAUAA